UAAACCGAAAAUGCACGAACACAGAUAUUUCGGGCUGCUGACUCCGUGUCAAUGAAUCUCAGGAUUCUCUCACGCCAUUGUUCCGUGCUGUAAUAGCUUAUAAGAACGCGCUGCUUCGUCGCAUUGUCGCUUUAUCUCUCGGUCCGCGGCGCAUUGUUGCCGGCGGGCGCUGCAUGUUUUCAGUCCGCGCGGUACAGGCCGACGACGGACGACGUCGACGGACCGUCGGCGGGCGAAAUGUUUACGGGUCGGGGCCGCGCGCGGAGCGAUCAGUAUCACGCGGGCUGUCGGCCACGUCGCGUCGUGUCGGGUGGCGGCGUCGCGAGCUCUAGGACGUCCUCUGCCUCGACGCAGCGAUGGCGGUGUGGCUGCUGGCCGCGCUGGUCGCUUCCUGCACCGCGCAGCUCGCCUGGCCCCAGGAGGACUCGCGGCGCUGCAGCUACACGGUGGCGUUCGGCAUGAAGGGACUCCUCUGCAGCUCCAUGGACCUCCGGGAGGUGCCACCCCACCUGUCCUCCAGCAUCGAGCUGCUGGACCUCUCGUCCAACCGGCUGCGCUCGCUGGCGGCGGACUCGCUGUCGCGCUACGCCUACCUGCGCUACCUCUACCUCAACGACAACCUGCUCAUGUCCGUGGAGGAGGGCGCCUUCUCGGCGCUGCAGCUGCUGGAGACGGUGGACCUGUCGCUGAACGCCCUGCGCGCGGUGCCCGCCUCGCUGCUGGCGCUGCCGGCGCUGCGCAGGCUGUACCUGGACGACAACCCGCUGUCGGCGGCGGGUCCCACCGGGCUGGAGCGCGCCCCCGCCGGCUCCGAGCUGCACUUCCUGUCGCUGGCGCGGUGCGGCCUGCGCGUCCUGCCGCCGCUCGCGGGGUUCUGGAAGCUGCACACCUUGAACGUGUCGGGCAACAGCCUGACCAACCUGACGGUGGGGCACGUGGCGCCCUUGUGCCGGCUCGCCGUGCUGGACCUGACGGGCAACCACGCGCUCUUCGGCCGGCCGGGGCAGCUGUGCGACUGCGCGCUGCUGGCCGAGUGGCUGGACUCCAAGGGCGUGCAGCUGGCCCGCGGCUACAGCCUCCGGUGCGGCGACGACUACGUGCCCGGCCAGCCGCCGCAGCAGUGCCGGGCGGACGAGGCGACCUCCGCGGCGAGCGCGCGGCUCCAGGAGUGCAGCGAGAAGCUGGAGGCGCUGGAGAGGACCGCGCGCGCCCGCAAGGCGUGGACCACGGCGGGCAUCGUCGGCGGAGUCGCGGCCGGCCUGCUGCUUCUGGUCGCCGCGCUCGCGUGGCUGCGCUGUCGUCGCCGUCGACGGAGGCGGAGGAAGAUGCUGGACCAGCGCGACCCGGCUCCCACCCAGAAGCCCCUGCUCGCGCUGCAGCCCGCCGACGGAAAGGAGGGGCCCUCCUAGCUCGCCACUUGCCCGACACCGUCUUCCCUCGGCCGGGACGAUCGACCGUGCCAUCGCCUUUUGCUCGUCAACCACCUUGUCAUUUCCCAAACUGUCACCUCUUGCAAAACAACGCACGUUUUGUUUGUUUUUACGAACACUGACUACCACCUUUGAAUAUAUAUAUAUAUAUAUAUAUAUAUAUAUAUAUAUAUAUAUAUAUAUAUAUACUGUAUAGAAGUCGCCAGCCCAGGUUAAAAUUUCUAAUACGGUUUUGAGGUAGUUGGUUAAUUCACCGCCGCAAUCGCCACCAUCUCUAGGGCAUCGACUUGUAGUGGUCCCUAGCGGACAAGUGUCGAACUCUUCAAACACCCCUUGCCCCUCCUGUUGAACGACCUUGAGCUGCAGUGAAUGAUGGGUGGCGGGGUGCGGGGAAUGACAGCGGGUGACAGUGCUGCGCUCUAACGUGUAAAUAAAAAAAAUAAGACGAUACAGGGCGUUACGGCUGCGCACUGCAGCGGUGAAGUUCCCAAGCUGCUCAUCAUACACUUAUGAAAAACGUAGAGUAAAUCCUAUGCACUCGCGACUUCUAUACAGUAUAUAUAUUCAAAGCUACCACUCUAUGUGUGUUUACAAACAAAUCGUUCACAUAACAUCAAGUUUCAAUUCGAGACAACGGACUCUGCAGCGAGUGAUACGUGGGUGUACGGUCGUGAGCCAUGCCUAUGCGCUUCUCGCAUAGUGCACCCUCGCACCACGUGACGCGAGUUGGAAGUUCCAGAAAUGCAGUGACGUUGUGUGGACAUGUCUAGCAGUAUGAUAAUGCCACGUGAAAAUUAUACCCAGACAUACGAAAAAUAGAAAGUCGGUGAGUGGUCACAAUGUGAAUCGAAGCAUGAGAUUGCGUUAGCAGAUAUGAUGCAAUUGUGCCCAAGUAAUACAGUUUAGAAUAGGGAUUACCACUCCUACUAUGUGCCAUUAUUUUAAAGUAAACGUGACUAAAAUUAGGAAUGUUGUUCUUUUAGCACUAUUAUCAAAGAAAAAAAUGUUGGAUAUGUAAGCCAUUUAAAAGAAAUUAGAAUAUUAUUUUAGUUAUCCAGUUAAAAUUUCUUUAAAGGCAACUGCUGUCGGAUAAAAUUUAGAACUGUGGAACAGCGAUAGUGUCCAUAAGAAGUAUAGCGAUUACACUGCUCGCUCAUGGACAUUUUAAUUUUGUUUUGUAGCCAAUAGCUAUUGGCAGCCCAGGGACCUAACUAGGGGAAGGGGGGGGGGGUGGAGAUGGGACUUGUGCCCCGGACGCUGUAUUUGGGGGAGGGUGGAGAUUAAAUUGGCCGAGUAAUUUUUACUAUAGAUGUUUACUUUAAUAUCGUAGGGUUGGAACAUAAAAAAUAAAUAAUAUGUCGAGGAGCAGAUGAACUGUAUUAUUUGUAUUGAAAGAUACUACACAUGUAUAUCGUCAAAUAUUUUUUAACAAUGGUAUUUUUCGCGUGCUAUUCAACUCGUGAUGUAUUAAAAAUUAAAUGACUGCAAAAGUUGAAUACAAAAAAUUGGAAUAGUGGAAUAAAUGUGAGGUGGCCAUAUAAGGUGUUGUCGAUAAAGGAUUUGGGGUGGUUGCUAAAAAAAAGGGGGGAGGGGGGUUGGGGUGGAAAUCAGUCUAGUUACGUCCCUGGAUAUCGCUAUAAGAAAACUUGUCGCUCGUCGUGCGUACGUUAGUCAGUAAUAUAUGAAGAUACUGAAAUUACCUUCGCUCAAUGGAACAGCUUGUAUUAGUGCAACAGGAAUAACGUACCGACUAUGAGGUUUUUAAAUGAAAGUUAUGUAAUCCUGAAAAUUAAAUAAAAAUUAUGAUUUCUUGAGAAAGAAGUAAACGAUCUUGUGAUGUCUGAGCACUGCUGCUAGAAAAAAAUAUGUAUUUUUUUUUGUAUAAUGUAUCGGGAUUUAUUUUAUAAUGGUCAGUGAAGCAGUGAUCCAAGUGGUAGUGGACGAAGGGUGAUGGCAUAUUUGUUGACAGCUUCGCUUCUAAGGCGCGAAUCAGUUUCUGAGUCGCGUAAGCAACUGGUUCGUGCAAUGACUCUGGCACUGGAAUUUGAUUUUGAAUGUAAACAAAAAGCUGAAAGUUGUAACAUAAACUGCACAUAUGCACCAAUCAGAUUAGCUAUUAAAAACGAUUCUUGUAUACGCAAGCGCUAAUUGAAGUACAUAGAUCUGUCUGAUAACGUUUGUUCUCGACAAACCACGAAUUAUUUCUUCUUGAAGCCUCUGUAAUGGUCUACGACCUCUCUAAAUUUUUACCUCUAUGGCACAUUCAAAAUUUUGGUGUUGUCAAGUGUUUAUCAAAUGACUGACGAUAUAAUCUAAAUGUACUUUAAAACGUGAGUUUUUCGUCGAUUAUUUUCAAUUUCAUGAAAAUAAACAUACGUGGACAUUUCAGAAAGGGACCUAGCUAAAACUGUGAGGAGAAUUUUUUCAGAAAUAAAGUGGCGUCGCUCUAAUUUAAAAGUUACAAGGACAAAUGUAAUAACUAGACAUUAGCUUAUUUGAUUUUAUGUACGGGAAGUUUGGCAAAAUCACUUGCUUAACCCCCCCCCCCCCCCCCCCACACACACACACAUAAGAGUAGGCGGGCUGCUGAGCACUAAAGAUACAAUAUUUCCUCUUAAAGUCGUUACACUUGUCUGUACUUUCAUAUUCCGUAGACACUUUCUGUAUUAUACUGUUGAUCAUGUGUUUGCGACGUUGCACAGAAGUCAUUCAGUCAUGAGUUAAGUGUAGGCACCACUUUGAGAUAUCAACAGAUAAAGAUUGUGGCCCAAAUGAUAGUGUAACGUGUGUUUUAUAGACAACAAUUAUCCUUGUUUGUUCAACCCAGAAACCACAAAUUAAUUACGAAACUAUGUGACAUGGGUACAGAUACAUUAUUCGGAGAUUGCACUACUGUUCAGUUUUCCUCGACUGCAAAACCACAAGCACGUAGUAUAUUUAAAACACUUGUUGGUUAGUAUUAAUUUUUUUUUACUUUUUUCAAUGUUCCUAGCCUUUUUCUUAACAUUGUGUGAACUCAAAAAUGUGUACAUUAAUUUAGUUUUAUUACAUUUUAUUUCCCUGCAUUGUUAUGAUGAAAAAACGAUUGGAUCAAUAUAUUUCCAAUAUUUUAAUUGUGUCAAUAAAGUGUAUUUUCUGAUAGAUAUUUAACUUAUGUUUUAAAACUGAUAUUGUAUGUAAGAACACAAAUGCAUAUUUUCUGUGCAGAUAGAUAAAUGUACUACGUGAAAUGUCACUGAGAUCCAAAAUUUGAAUUUGAAUUUUUAUAUUAAUAGUUGCAAUAAUACUAGCGAAUAACGAUCGCAAAUAACGUGCCAAUAAAAAUAAAUCAUCGUUUGCAAAUACAAUAUUAUUCGGAAAAUACGUUUUCCAUCUGAAUUCACAGUGUUUCAUUAAAAUCAGAUAACGUCAGUAUUUGCUUUGGAAAUAUGAAAACAAGUUAAUCACAUAAAACAUUGCUAUGACAACACUGCUGUACCUUAUAAAAUAUUUUUGGGAUGCACGCAGUAGUAAAUUAUUUAAAAUGAUAUAUUUCAUUCAAAAAUCUCAUACUGUUUACAGUAUACACAUAUAAUUUUCUAGUUUGUGUCAUUGCUCAUGAUCUGUUAUUCUCGUAACUGGUUCUGUGCACCUCUAACCUUUGCAUACAGUUUAACCUUGAAAUAUUUUUCUUACAGAUUGGAAAUUUGUAACUCAGUUUUUUUUUUUGGUGUUAUAUUUGACUGACAAGAAUUAUUCCGGCCACAUAUAUAUUUUUUAAUAUUUGCAAAACUUUUGGCCGAAAAUCUUUUUAAAUACAGAACAUAAUCAAAAUACCCCAAUUUAUAGCUGAAAUAAAAUUUUUAAUAGACACAUUAUCAUCAGCAACAUACAUACAUAUUGCAUACUGGUUAUUAAAUCCUGAGAAAAGAUAUAAAUUAUUAAGAGGCACUUAGAAUUUUAGUAUCGUACAAAUGCACUCCAGCAGUUCCUUAGUUUUAUUUUAAAAAAAUUAAAAUUGGAGGCGAUUUAAUUAUGUAUAAUUGCUUACCUAUGAAUGUUUAACUGCAGACGAAGUAGAUUAUUUUUUGUAUCUAUCAAUGAGUUUAUUCGAACUAAUAAUGAGAUGACAUAUUUUAAACCUUGAAACAUUAUGCAUAAUAUAUUUCCCAAUUUAUUAGGCCUAAUAAGAAAACAUUAAAUAUUUACUUAGGAUAACAGAUAUUCUUUAGCCUAUAGUAGCCUACUAAAAUUAACAAGUAAGCUUAAAUUACCGUCCAUCCAAAAUAAAUAAUUUGCCUCUGAAAUAUUUAUUCUUUAAUUACUGGUAGGUACGUAUUACAAAUACCAGUCACGUAUUGAAGAAAGAGAGUAAGUUCAUCAUGAAUAUCCUGAUUUGUAGUGGCUUUUAAUUAAAUACUUAGCAUUUUGUCGACUGUUCAACGGUAUACUGAAGUUACCGUCGUUGCUGUGUUGUUUAUUUGUACAUAGCCCAUUUGAUAUCUGUUUGAACAGAAAAUCUGUGAUAGUGAUAUAGUAAGAAAUUACUAUUUUAUUUGUACUUUUGUAGUGUUUGAAUAAAAAAUAUGUUCCAUUAA